AUGACCUCGACGUUCAGACCACCCAGCCCCGCCCCCGCCGACAACAACGAGAAGGGCAAGGGGGGCGACUAUGUCGUCGGUCCCGCCGUGAUCAAGGACGGCGUGUUCGGCGACAUCACAGACGGCGGGCCAAACUACCGUAAUGUAUCCGCUACCGGCGCGCUCGUCCUCCUCACCAAGACAAACUUCGGCCUCGGCGUCCUCACGAUCCCGAGCGUGCUGUUCACGUUCGGCAUCGUGCCGGGUAUCAUCCUCAUCUUUGCCAUGAUGGCGUUGACGACGUACUGCGCGACGCACGUUGGACGGUUCAAGCUCCGCCACCCCGAGGUGUUUGCGUUCGCUGAUGCCGCCGGGAUCGUCGGAGGCCGCGCCGCCAGCAUGGCGGCCAACGCCUGCCUUGGCCUGUACUACAUGCUUAUCACUUCGUCGGCCAUCGUGUCGCUCUCGACAGGCCUGAACGCCGUCUCGACGCACGGCGCGUGCACCGCCGUCUUCGUCGCCGUGGCAGCUGCAUGCGGGCUCAUCGUCGGCAGCGUGCGCACGCUCGGCACCGUCACCUGGAUCGGGUGGGUGGGGCUCAUCACCCUCCUCGCCUCGGUGAUCACGCUCGCUGCCGCCGUCGGGCGCCAGGACCGGCCGGCCGCGGCCCCCGCCUCUGGGCCGUGGGACAGGGGCCUCUCGGUGGCCACCAACCCCACCUUUGCCCAGGCCAUCGCGGGCAUCAGCACCAUUCUGUUCAGCUACGGCGCGACCCCCAUGUUCUGGAACAUUGCCUCGGAGAUGCGCGACCCCCGCCGGUUCAACAGGGCCAUGAUCUCGUCCAUGCUCCUCAUCACGGUGCUGUACCUCGUCAUCGGCGGCGUCGUGUACGGCUUUUGCGGGCAGUACGUCUCGUCGCCUGCGCUCGGGUCCGCCGGCCCGCUCAUGAAGAAAGUGUCGUACGGUAUCGCCCUCCCCGCGCUCGUGGCGACACUCACCCUCUUCGCCCACUGCGCCGGCAAGCACUGGUUCGUGCUCAUCCUCAAGGGCAGCCCGCACCUCACGUCCAACUCGCCAACACACUUCGUCACCUGGUUCGGCUGCAUGUUGGGCAACAUUGUGCUCGGGUACAUCAUCGCCAGCGCCAUCCCCAACUUUGGCAGCAUCAUCUCGCUCGUCGGCGCCCUCAUCAUCCCCACGGUCGGUAUCUGGCCGUACGUCUUCCUCUGGUGGCACGACAACUGGCGCUUCGUGUCCACCGAGGAGCGGCAGCAGUGGCGCCGCCGCGCCGUGUUUGCGCUCAACAUCCUCUGCUCCCUCCUCGGCCUGUUCAUCACCGUCGCGGGCACGUACGGGUCCGUGCUCGACGUGAUCGCCACUUCGGCUGGAGGCGGUCCGUGGUCGUGCAAGGACAACUCGAACUCGGUGUAG